AUGCCAGGGCUGGAGCACCUCUGGCACACGGAGAGUGUUGGGACUGUUCAGCCUGGCAAAGAGAAAGCUCCACGCAGACCUUACAGCACCCUCCAAAGGGGCUUUACAAGAAGCUUGGAGGGGCUUCUCACAAGAGCACAUAGACACAGGCCUUGGGCAGGCUGGACGCGGCUCUUCCCGGCCCGGUGUGCCGGGAGGAAGCCCCGGCCGCGGCCUGCGGCUGCCCCCGGCGAGCGCACCCGCGGUUCCGGCGCCGUGGCGCGCGCGGCAAAGCGGCGCUCCCCCGCGCCCCCUGCCGGCCGCCCCGGGAGCGGCGGGCGCGGUGGGGCCGCGGAGGAGGCCGAGGCGGGCGGCGGGCGGCAGGGCUGGCGGGGCGAGUCGCGGGGCUCGCCGCAGCAGCUGGCGGAGCGGUACGCGGACUUGGCGGCCAGCCACAGCGAGGCGCUCCGGCAGCGGGAGGAGCGCGAGUGGCACAACGCGCGGCUGCGCCAGGAGAACGCGCGGCUGCGGCUGGAGAAUCGCCGCCUGCGCCGCGAGAACCGCUGCCUCUUCCGACAGGCCCUGCUGGGGCCCGGCCCCGACAAGCCCCUCGCCGAGCCGGGCGAGGAGGCGGAGGCCCUGCGCGCCCAGCUGGGGCGGCUGCAGGAGAAGCACCGCCGGGCCUUGCGGCAUCUGCGGCGCUGCUGGGCCGCCGGCGGGCCCGAGGCCUCGGGAGCCGAGGAAGGGGAGUUGGAGGAGCUGCUGCUAGAGGAGGACGAGCAGCCGCUGGAUAAGAAGAGCCUGGUACCGGCCGUGUAGCCGGCUCCGGUGGAGGGGCCGGUUCCGGCUGGUGCUGCGGGCCCUCCCCGCCCGCAGGCUGUUGCGGCGGGUCACGCCCUCUUCGCUGCCGGCUGUGACCCCGUGCGGCGCGGGGUUCCCCUCAGCUCCCUGGAUUGAAACAGGCCCUUCCCACGGAAAGGGUGGAGGAGGAGUUCUGGUUUGUUAGUAUUUUCCCAGGUGUAUACCCAGGUUGAUAUGGGAAGCUGAGGCUUGGAACGCGAGAGGAGUCUCUCAAAGCGGCUGUUGUGGAGAAAAGAGCCGCGGUGAGCAGAACACUUGAUCUCGUGUCAUCCCACAGUGUUGAACUGUGCCUCCUGUGGAGCUGUGGAUCAUCUUUUUCUCUUGAGUUAGCAACUGUCAUGCAGGCUUCAAGAGCCGGGGAGACUGACUAGUUCUUAGUAGUUGAUGUAUGUUAGGAAGAGGUGUGGAGGAAGCUUAAAAGCUUUUGUCAGUGCUGCAGUAAAAGUUGGUGAUCAUUUGCACUAUGAAUUGCCUUGGACACUUUACUUGUAUUUGUAAUGAUGGCCUUCGUUCACCCUCACACGUGAAUGCUGAUUUGAAUUUCACAGUUUCACACAAAACUGCAGCUACUAAAUAAACUUACGACACACCAAA